UAAUUUUUUAUUUCUUUAGUUUAAAUUAACCAGAAAUUAAAAUAUAAAAAAAAUAUCAUUUAAUCGAAGCAGACAUAUUUUCUCGGUUCUUAAAUUUUUUGGACCGUAUCGGUUUAGCAUAUUUCGAACAAAUCGUCCGGUCCGAACCGGAUAAUAAUAGCAGUAGCCCAUUUAUCUCCCUUUGUUUAUUUAAUUUUUUUAUAUUAAAAAAAAAAAACUUUGAAUAUUCUUUUUUGACCGCUUGACCAAGAUUUCACUUUGAUUUUCUUUGUAAUUUCUUAUGACCACGAAAACGUUACUUCUAAUUUUCUCCCAGUUUAUCGCAUUUCUCCCCUUCAUCUUCUCUCUUUCGGAUAAUCUUAUUUUGAUUAUGCAAAAAGAUUCGUAUCUCAGUUGGUUCCAAUUUCGUAGCGUAAAAGAAGCAGUCUCAUCUUUACCAGAAACUCCUGUAAGCACCCAUUACGAUUUUGCUUCUCUAUUUCUCUCGCUCUCUGUUACGUUGAAUUGUCUUCUUUUGAGGAACACUGUUAUAUUGAAUUUUCGAUCAUGGGUUCUUGGACAUUGUUGAGAAAUUUGGAGAGAGGGAGUGAGAAAAUGUGGGAUAUCAUUAGGAUGCAGCUUCUUUUUAGUGCUGAUACCACUGACCUGAGUUAUUGGCUCAACUGGAGGGUCUUGCCAUGUGCAAUCUGUGUAUUGACACCUAUGGUUGCAGCAUUUUUUGUAAUAUGGAAAUAUGAAGAUUUUGGAAGUGGAAAAGCUGCCAGAAGAGGACCACAACAAGAUGUACCUCAAUUGUUGCGUGGUGAGGAUGCAUGGAGACCAUGUCUUAGAGAAAUCCACCCAGCUUGGUUAUUGGCUUAUCGAAUUUCCGCGUUCUGUUUGCUUUUGACAACCCUAAUUAUCCGACUUCUUUACUCUGGAGGGCACAUGUAUUUCUAUUAUACUCAAUGGACUUUCACCUUGGUUACAAUCUAUUUCGGGUUUGGAUCAUUUCUCUCCAUUAAUGGAUGUUACCAAUACCACAAAUUAAGUAUGAGAGAUUUUAUCAUACAUAGUGGGACUGAUGCAGAGCAAGGAUACUAUGUACCUUUAACAUCCGAGCAAAGCAGAAGUGUACAUGAAACAAGAAAUAUUUCAAAUCUUAAGGAGGCUUCCAAAGCUGCAGGAAUUGAUACUUACCUCUUUCAAGUUAUAUUUCAGAUGAAUGCCGGGGCAGUUGUGCUUACUGACUGUAUCUAUUGGUUCUUCAUUUUUCCAUUUCUUACCAUCAAGGACUAUGAUUUGAAUUUUAUGACAGUAAAUAUGCAUACGAGCAAUGUCAUCCUACUGCUUGGUGAUACAGUGUUGAAUUCCUUGGGAUUCCCAUUCUUUCGGAUGGCUUACUUCAUCUUAUGGACGGGUGCUUUUGUCAUUUUCCAGUGGAUACUUCACGCUUGUAUCCCAGUCUGGUGGCCAUAUCCAUUUCUUGACUUAUCAUUACCAUAUGCUCCUUUAUGGUACUUCUUGGUGGCGUUGCUGCAUGUUCCGUGCUAUGGCAUGUUUUCGUUAGUUAUCAGAAUCAAGAACAGCUUGUUUUCGAAAUGGUUCUCUCAUUCCUAUGUAUGCUUAAGAUAGGAAGGAAUUGUUUUGAAAAGAAAAUUACUACGAGGAUGAUGAUGUCUGCGAGGCAGGUUCAGAUCCGCAAUAUCAAAAACCAGAGUGCCUGCCUGGUGCUCAGAAUUCGAAUUUACCAUUUUGGAUUAAAA